AUGAUGGCGGCGGCGGCGGCGCGGCGGGGCCGGCUGGGCCGGGAGGGCCGCGCCAGCCUCGGCUCCUUCCUGCUCGGCGCCUCGGUGGCGGCGCUGCCGCUGCUGCUCGGCUCGUCCCCCGCCCUACUGGCUGCCCCUGGCCUCCGCGGCCGCCUGGCACUCGCUUUGCACGUGGCCGGCGUGAACGCGGCGCUGCUGCUGCUCUACCCGCGGCCGCUCUACAAGAUCGCCAUCCGGGCCUGUUUCCUGGGCUUUGCCUUCGGCUGCGGGGUGCUGCUGAGCGCCGGCCGCUCCGCCUGGCGCCACUUCGGAUGGUACAUGUGCUCCCUCUCCCUCUUCCACUACUCGGAGUACCUGGUGACAGCCAUCAACAACCCACGCAGCCUCUCACUGGACUCCUUCCUGCUCAACCACAGCUUCGAGUACAAUCUGGCUGCCCUGUCCUCCUGGGUGGAGUUCACGCUAGAGAAGCUCCUCUUCCCAGAGCUGAAGCAGAUCACCUGGCUGAGCACCGUGGGGCUGGCUGAUGGUGAUCUUCGGGACUGCCUGAGGAAGGCAGCCAUGCUCACAGCCGGCUCCAACUUCAAUCACAUCGUGCAGAACGAGAAAUCUGACACCAACACCCUGGUGACCAGUGGGUACGGGUGGUUGGCACCGUCCUACGUGGGAUGGUUUUACUGGAGCAUUGGAACACAGGUGUUGCUCUGCAAUCCCAUCUGUGUGGUUGGCUAUGCACUGGCGUCCUGGCGCUUCUUCAGGGAGCGGAUCGAGGAGGAGGAGAUCACACUCAUUCACUUCUUUGGAGAAGAGUACCUGGAGUACAAAAGGAAGGUGCCAUCGGGUCUCCCUUUUAUUAAAGGAGUCAAAUUGGAACUGUAAUGCAGGUGAAAACCAGACUGGCUGAGCAACCGCCCGGCUCCUGCCGUGCCAGGUGCCUGCGUGGCAUCGGUGUUGGGAUGUGCCUGUUGGUAUUUCCCAGCCACCCAGAAGGAGCUGGUGGAGGGCUGUGGCACUGGGCAGCCUGCCGGGAUUCUUGCAGAUCAGAAGCUCGUUCCUCCUCCUCGAGAUCAGCCCUUCAUUGCACAUUCAGGGAUUUUCCAGAUAACUUAGCCUGUAGCGACCCUAAAGAGAAUGAAUUGUCCUGCCUGCAGCAACUGAAUUUUCCUGGAAUGCCUCUGGACCAAUUCUGCUGGAGAGCAGCACUGCCCUCUGGGCCCCGGGCAGAGGAGGAGCUGGGCAGCAGAUUGUUCCUGUUGCAUAAUUCAAUUUUAAAGCUUUCUGACCUCGUGAGCCCAGUGCUGCAGCUUUAAUCUCCUCGGGCCUGACUCCUUGAGCUGGCACUGGGGUGGCCAUGGGAGCAGCCUCCGGCUCUGCCCACCCUCAGAGCGCUGGCAGUGUGGCACCACUCGGCUCUCUCCAGGCCUUGGCGUCCGCAGGGAGAGAUCCAAGCACCUCUGAGCCUGCUCCUUCUCCCUCAGCUGCUGCUGUGGAUGCAGAGUCAUCGCUGCAGCCGCUGCCUCCUGCUGCCACUUCUGUUCCCUCCUCCCGCUUCCAAAUCACGCUGCUUCCUAUCCUGCCAGGCCACCUCUGUCCUGCAGAGAUCCCAGGAUUUUGGGUUGGGAAAGAACCACAGCUGCCAGGCUUGCUAAGGGCUUUAGCACCCGAGAUCCUCACCUGCUCUUUUGGGCAAAAGCCAGGAUGUCGGGGCAAGUAGGAGAUGCUCCUAGGGAAAUCUCCAACCAGGAGAAGAGUUGGGCUAGCUAACACUCUUUUAUAUGUGACCAUUUUGAAAUGGUUCCCACUGAGCUGUGUGGCAUAACUUAUUCUGUCGUUAUAUACCAAAGAGGUUCACUGUUUCCUUGAGUUCUGCAUUAUUCUUCCUCGCUGGAAUGGAAAUGAGUUGCUUGUCAGUUCACGCCUGGGGCUUGUGGUGUUCCGUGGGGAAGGCGCUGCGGUAUGGCUCAGGAAGGGGCACUGGUGGGAAUGGCUUGGGUUUGGGCUUGGGUUUUCUUUUUUUAUAAAAAAAAAACAAGAGAAAACA